AUGGGCCUGGUCGGAUCUUUGCUGGCGUUUGCGGUUGCACUCGCAUCCAUUCUCUACCUCUUACCGACGCCACCGACCAGCCUCGGCCCUCCCAAGCUACGCAACACCCCUCUCAAUCGAGCCGGACCCGUGCUCGCCUCGAUCAUCCGCAAGCUCGAACUCGACGGACUCACCAUCAUACCCGUGUACGUCACAUGCUCAAGAUCAGGAAAGAAAUAAAAUGCUAUUCGUAUUCACCCUGAACCACACCUACCGCCAUUGUAGUGUCAAGAUGCCGCCGGUCAAGCUCACGCUCAAGGUGCCACUGACGACCAAGCGGUUACGCAUCGUCAUCAAGUCGACUGCAUCCGAACUCGUCUUCACUCGACUGAGGAUCGGUCAAGUCGCAACAAGAUGCAUCGAUGCCGGUCGCUCCCCUAUCGACGUCAAGGUCGACCAAGUUUCGACCAUCCUUUCGGGGAGCUUCUCCGUCACCGCGACCGCCCGCUUCCUUCCGCAAGGAAUGAACCUCAACGACGAGAGUACGCUCAGACCAUGGAAAUGGACAGGAUCGGGUCGAGUUGAGGCCGACAUUGACGAUGCUGCAAUCGCGCUGGGCGUGCAACUCGUUCGUGGCACGACUGCGGAUUCGGUGCCGAAAAUUGAGGUGCUUUCGACCAAUGUCGACGAAGGCGCGAUCAACAUGCUCGUCAUCAAAGGAUUUGGACCUUGGGGUGGACUCGUGACCAAGGUGACACCCUUUGUCAAAGGGACGAUCCUCAUUCGAUGGCCCGUCAAGCUCAUUUCCGACUUUUUGAUCCGAGACAUGGCAGAGGGGCCAGCCGUCGACGACAUUGCCGAAGGCCUCUUCAAAUUCGUCAACAAGCACGUCGAUGUGCAAACCUACGACGCCAUGGUUGACGAUGAGCGCGAAAAGGAAGUCUCGACACCCCUCGAUGCCUCGAGUCUGGCUCCACCAUCUGCGACGUCGGGGUCGACAGAGUCUCCCCUACCGCCCUCUUCCGCCGCAAGUGUCGAGACGAACUCGCCGACUCCCACCAGCUCCGAAGCAGGCGGCGAGAUUACCGCGACCGUGCCAGAAUCACUUCCGACAACGACGAACUUCCGCAUGCACUCGCACCUCAUCGGUCCGACGCGGUUGCACAACUUCUUUCUUCCCGAUUACAGCCCACCCUUGUACCGACCCGGGGGAACUCGUGCGACGUUACAGUCGUUCAAUAAACUCACUUCGGAGAUUCAAUUGCAAUUGUCCGAAUCGGGACUGACCACACUGGCGUUCGACCGCGCUUCACUCGCUUUCGAUCCUCCUCGAAGUCCAGACGCUUCGGGCAAGAAGAAGCACAAGCAGAAGCAGCCCUCAGUCGAAGCGGGGAUCGAAGGUGAUCUAGUCGUCACCGUCCACGACCUGACCGUCAUCCUCGAAUCCAAAUUCAAGAUUUUCGCCGAAACGGCCCAAAUACUCCAAUGGACGACAGGGUUGAAAAAGAUUGGCCAAAAAGGACGUUCAACCACGACGGUCACGGCGAGGACGUUACAAAUUCGGUUCGAGUUGUUGGGCAAUCGAUCGCGACAGGGCGCACCGUACGAGUUGAAGGCGACAUCGAUAAGUCCUUUUACGACGAUCGUUCCCAAGACUGUUUUGGAGGAUUCCAAGUUGCAGUUGGGGGUUGAGGUGAUGAAUUUUAUCACUGAAUCGCUCAAGGUCAGCUCGAGGGUGACGAAGCGUUGUACAAGGUUGCGACAGAAGCUGAUCAAAUACCUCCCCUCCCAUAGACCCAAAUCGCCGCUGCUGCCUCCCUCGUCAUCGGUCAAUUCAUGAAGGAUGCCGUGCGCAACUACCUCCAAAAAGCGAUGGACGGCAUUGAGGAAAAGCUGCGAGACGUAGGCGUUGAAUUACCUAAUGGUCUGCGCGGGCUCGAACCCGAGCACGAAGGCGAGUAA